AUCCUGGAAGAAAAAAGGGGGGGAGAGAGAGAGAGAGAGCGAGAGAUGCCAUAUAUAUUCCCUUCUUUCUACUUUUCCAUCCACCUGCAUUCGUAUGUGCAGUUGUGCACAAACCAUCCAUCGUCGACGGCAUUAUCAUCACCAUCACCGAGAGAAAACAAGAAGCAGAAGUAGGCAUCAACCAGAAAGAAGAAAAAGAAGGCUGCCCACUGAAGAAAUCUAGAAUAUUGAUUGAGAGAGAUUUUCUUCUUUUCGGUUGGAGGUCCUUAUUGGAAGACGCGGUGAUUCCUUGAACGGAAUUCAUACUUGGUUGAGUUGUGAGGAAGCAAAAGAAGGAAACUGAGAUAAAGGGGAAAGAAGGGGAUGUAUAGAUGGAACGAGUAGAUGCUCACCAACGCUCUGCCUCGGGCUUUGUUGUGACCAGAUUCCAAUCGUUCUUCACUGCCCUUCUUCCUUUCUCGCCGGUCUCGUUCUUCAUUUCGCUUCCUUAGAAACAUGGCGGUUCAGGCUCAACACCCAUCAAACUUCUGGCUUCCUGAUUUCACAAACAGGAACGGUCAGGAAAAAGAAUUGCUUGGUGCUGCUCUAGGUUCAGAUUAUGCAUUCCAAACUCCUGAUGACAAUUUCAUUAGCCACUUAGGAAGCAGCAUCCCUCAUUCGAAUUCGGCAAUGGCCUUCCUGCAACCGCCCCAAGCACAGCAUCAACAGCAAUACCACCAACAACAGGAGAGUCCUUGCAUGAUAAAUUUGGAGGACCUUCGUCUCCCUGCUGCAUCUGCUAAGGCGCCCAUCUCCACAUCCUCAUCGCCCGUGUUCACAGGCCUACGGCUCUCUCUUGAAGACCAACAGAAUCAAACCAGCCCCUCCCUCAUGGCCAAUGACCUUUCUCUUCUUCUCAACCAGCACCAACAAGAAAUCAAUCAUCUCAUCAGAGUACAGAGCGACCAGUUGCGCCAGAAUCUGAUAAGGAAGCGGCAGAAGCAAUACGGGGCGCUCGUCUCGGCUGUGGAGCGGAUCGCAACACGGAAGCUGAGGGAGAAGGAAACUGAAAGGGAGCGAGUCUCCAGGCGGAACGCCGAGCUCGAGGAGAAGGUGGAGCAGCUCCGGGCCGAGGCGCGAUUUUGGCAGACCGCCGCCAGGGCUCAGGAGGCCGCCGCCGCGACCCUCCAGGCUAGAUUGGCCUCCGCGGAGGCGAUGCCCAGCCGCGCCGGGGAAGAGCCGGAUGACGCCGAGUCGUGCAACUUCGAACCCGUCCUGGGACCAAUGGGGCCGUGCCGGGAGUGCCGGCGGAAGGAGGCGUCGGUGGUGGUGCUGCCCUGCCGCCACCUCUGCGUCUGCUGCCUCUGCGCCCGAUCUCUCACGCACUGCCCACUCUGCGGCAACGUCAGAACCGCUUGCAUCGAGGCCUUCUUCUCCUGACUCGUAUCGGAAUUAUCCGAGUUUUCUGUCCCCAUACUCUUCUCCCUUUACUUUCCUCAAUAUAAUUUUUAGUUUUCUUUCAUAUGAUAUGAUCUUUCCCCUUUUUUAAACGGGUUGGGUUAUUGAAUGAUGAGCCAUAUUCAAUUUCUGUAAAAAAUAAAGCUGAGUGGGACACACUGGUAGAUUCUAGAGAGAAAGACAAAUAGAUGAGAGUGUGUAUGUACAGGUUUUUCUUUGAUCCAAGCUUUUAUUUUUGUUAUUGUUAA